AAAUUCAGGCCAGAGUAGAACUUUCUAUUACUCUCAAUUUAUAACUCAGCAGUAGUACUGUUGUUAAUUUUGGUAGAGCAUUGUUGAAAUAUUGAGCCUGCAAGACAAUUGGAUAAACAGCAAAACAAGAUUCUCCUGGAGUCAUCUUGCAUGGCCUACCACGGCACAUGUGUUCUUCAGUUCUUGCGCUGCAACUUGCUUCCUUUAUUUAUUUCGAGUGUUGUUCAUCUCAGAGCUUUGCUUGGUCGAUUUAAAAAUAUAUUUUCAAAUAAAAAUUAUUUUGCAAAAUAAUCCAAGAACAUGAAAUUCUCCGGUGAAUCAAAACCCAACUGAACUAAACCUUUGACUAAAAAAUUUGAAAAUCAACCUUAUACAGAAUUAAUCACCAUAAAUAGCACCCCGAUCUUGUUUCGUGAUCAAACCAUGAGGAGUCCAAACACACAAACGGUUGCCUACCUUUCCAAAGCACACCCAAAAUUCAAUGCCUCUAACCCAUCCCAGUUAGACUACUCUUCCUACAUGAAAAGCUUGCAACUUUGCAUUGAAACAAAAGCUAAAAAACCAGGCCAUUUGAUUCACAACCAAAUUUUAACAAACGGGUUUGCUUCAAAUCUUCACCUAAGCACCAAGUUAAUCAUAUUGUACUCGAAACUUGGUGAUACAGUCAGUGCACGAAAGAUGUUCGAUAGAAUGCCUGAAAGAACUAUUGUGUCAUGGUCUGCUCAGAUUUCUGGGUACUCACAAAAUGGGUGUUACCAAGAUGCAUUAUUGGUGUUUUUAGACAUGCUUAGAGCAGGUUUUAAGGCCAAUCAGUUUACUUAUGGGAGCGUGUUACGCGCAUGUACUGGUUUGAGGUGUUUGCAGAGAGGGAUGCAAAUACAAGGGUGUCUCGAGAAGAGUAGAUUUGCUAGUAAUCUGAUCGUGCAAAGCGCUUUGCUUGAUUUGCAUUCCAAGUGUGGAAAGAUGGAGGAUGCUUGUUACUUGUUUGGAAUGAUGGAAGAAAGGGAUGUUGUUUCUUGGAAUGCAAUAAUUGGCGGAUAUGCUGUUCAGGGUUUUUCUGGUGAUUCAUUUCGAAUGUUUCGUUCGAUGAUGCAAGAAGGUAUGGGCCCUGAUCUUUUCACCUUUGGGAGUGUUUUAAAGGCGUCCGGUAUGGCUAAUGAUGUCAUCAGAGUCCGCCAAAUACAUCAAUUGAUCAUCCAACUAGGUUAUGGAUCACAUAUUUCUUUGAGUGGUUCGCUAAUUGAUGCGUAUGCAAAAUGUGAAAGCUUAGCAAGUGCUCAUUGCUUAUAUAGAAGUAUGCCAACGAAAGAUAUGAUAUCUUGCACGGCACUGAUGACUGGAUAUGCAAGGGACAGUAACUACAGUAGCAAGGCCCUGGAUUUGUUCAAAGAAAUACAGCAGAUGCACAUGAAGAUAGAUGAUGUUAUAUUAUGCUCCAUGUUUAAUAUAUGUGCUAACAUAUCAUCUUUGAGUGUGGGAAGACAAAUCCAUGCUCUUGCCUUAAAAUGUAAACCCACUUAUGAUGUGGCCAUGGGAAAUGCUCUUAUUGAUAUGUAUGCAAAAUCUGGAGAGAUUAAAGAUGCUAACCGUGCUUUCAAUGAGAUGGAGGAGAAAAAUGUGAUUUCAUGGACAUCAUUGAUUACUGGAUAUGGGAACCAUGGACAUGGACAUGAAGCAAUUGCCCUGUUUAAGAAGAUGGAGUACGAAGGUUUGAAGCCAAAUGACAUUACAUUCUUAUCUCUUCUCUUUGCUUGUAAUCAUUGUGGAUUGACAGGCGAAGGAUGGGAGUGCUUCAAAAACAUGAUCAGCAAAUACAAUAUCCUACCGCGAGCUGAACAUUUUUCUUGCAUGGUUGAUCUUUUUGCACGUGGAGGGCUGUUGGAAGAAGCUUAUAAUUUGAUAUACAAGAUGAAUAUCAAACCUAAUGCCUCGCUUUGGGGUGCCAUUCUUGGUGCAUGCUACAUCUAUGGCAAUAUGCCCCUUGCAGAAGAAGCAGCCAUACAUCUUUUCAGAAUGGAUCCAGAAAAUUCAGUGAACUAUGUUGUUUUAGCAGACAUAUAUGCUGCAGCUGGUUCAUGGGAUAAUGCUUGGAAGAUGAGAAAAUUAAUGGAAGAAAGAAAUUUAAAAAAGGCUCCUGGGUACAGUUUUAUACCUUACAUUCCACAAUCAAGUUGAGAAGUCUUAAUGUUUUGUUGUCUUGUGAGUGGAAGUGGGUAUUUUGUUUCAAACACUGGGAUCUUAAUUAAGUUGAUAACAGAAAAAGCGAGAGCUCUUAUUCUAUCUUAUAAUACUAUAAAUAAUAGGAACAAAAGCCCGCAUUCCUCGUCCUGGUUUGCUUCUUGGUGACCGAAAGAGGCUUAAGGACAUCAAAGCAGUAUAGUAAAGUACUUUUGGUUCACAUUCUCAUGCUCCCGAGCUUCUCAACACUGAGGUAUUCCUUGCGUAUCAUCUUCUUGAAGAAGAAACCCUUUGAAAGAUAAGGAAUUGGAACUUUGAGUGUUCAAGACGGAAGAGCUCAGCCUUUCUUUUUGCUAGCAGUGGUGAAUGGAGGAGGGCCUAGAGGCCUUUAUAUUUUGCCCAUGGAUCAAAUAAUGAACUACAAUAUUCUGACCAAGUCCAAUAUUAGAAUUUGAAUUCUGGUGUCAAAAUUUCUGGAUAUGUUAUAUUAGGAAGUCUUUUAUAUUUUUUCGACAUGAUGAAUUACUGCUUUCCUUCAGUUGAGGAGUUCAGUUCUGAAUCAGGUAACGAUUUGUUUCCUGUCAUUGAAGCCUUUUGCAGAGAACCUGCUUGAUUUUAACCCAGCUUUUUAUGUCAAGUUCUUGAAGAAAUUACAAUUGAGAGGAAGUUCUUGCAGGGAAUAGAGAAGGGAGUACUUGCUGUGAAAAGAGAAUGAUAUGAAACUGCCAGCCCUCGUCCUAUGCUUUAUUCAACAUUUAAAUGAGGAGACAUCUGAAGUAACUAUUGUUCAGUUAUUAGAGAGAAGCCAAUCUCAAGAAAGGUGAGUCGAAGUUGAGCAAUUGAAAAUCUUGGAGUAUGCCAAGGAUGCUAUCAGGUAUAACCACAUCUAACAAACAUGGACCAGGAGCCUCUUAACAUCUUAAUUGUGUUGCCAAAUUCUCCUUAUCCUGUCACAAGUGCAGCUGGUAUUUCACGGGCUUCUGCAAGUUCAACGUGUUUGGAAGUGUCUUUAAGUCCUUCAAUGGAGCAUCCAAACAAGAAUGUCCUCGGUGGGACUUUCCGAAUCCAUCUUGGCAUUCAUCAACCAUACGUAGAUGCUGACAAUUACGAACACAGAUUUAAUUGGAAGGUUAUGUACUUGAAUUGUUACUAGGUCUCAAAGAUUCAUUAUAGAGCUACCAUCUCCAUCCAGGAGCUGCUCGAAUUUAAUGCUUCCCAACUAAAGUGGCGAUUGCUUUUUGUGUGUUUGA